GUGACUAAAUCAAGACCACUCUGGGAGCAUCGAAUCUGCACUCGCUAAGACAAGAAGGGAGUGGAGAAUGCGGUCCACGUGCCAGCAUGCCCAAAUUAAGAGCGUGCACAACGGCAGUAACUUACACAAUGGAACCCAUCUGCUGAGAUGCGGGAAGCCAGCAUUCAGAAAUCACAGUCAAAACGGUGAACCUGCCCCACGAAGGCAUGCCGGGCCGCGCAAGACGCUGGUGCUAGCGCAGGCUGCCACUGCAGAAGCCGUAUUACAGAAGGCAGAUCUCCACGAGGAUCUGAAGAAAGCUUUGCGCAGCGUAAAACCCAAGCUCCUUAUAGAUGGAGAAUUCGUGGACGCUGCCGGGGGCGAGACCUUCCCCACAGAAGACCCUCGAACAGGAGAUGUUCUCCUCGACGUGGCAGAGGCCCAAGAACGGGAUGUUGAUCGUGCUGUGCAGGCUGCUCGCAAGGCGUUCGACCAUGGCCCUUGGCCAAGGAUGUCCGGGCGUGAGAGGGGGCUGCUCAUAUACAAGCUGGCAGACCUGAUGGAGGAGCAUCUGCUUGAGCUGGCCACGCUGGAGUCACUCGACAACGGCAAGCCCCUCUCUGUUGCCAAGAGCAGCGACCUGCCAGAGGCGAUUGAGCACCUGCGCUAUUUUGCCGGCUGGGCCGACAAGAUCCACGGCCUCACCAUCCCCACGGCCGGCAAGAUGCAGGCGCACACAUACCGGGAGCCACUCGGUGUGGUGGGGCAAAUCAUCCCCUGGAACUUCCCCAUCCUGAUGCAGGCCUGGAAGCUGGGCCCUGCUCUGGCGGCAGGCAACACCAUCGUCAUGAAGGUGGCAGAGCAGACGCCGCUGAGCGCGCUGCGGGUUGGUGAGCUGGCGCUGGAGGCCGGCAUUCCACCGGGCGUCCUCAACAUCAUUCCCGGCAGCGGGUCAGUCGCCGGCGCAGCCCUCGCCAAGCACAAGGGCGUGGACAAGAUCGCGUUCACUGGCAGCACGGAGGUGGGGAAGAUCAUCAUGAAGCAGGCGGCCGAGAACGUGGUGCCCGUGACUCUGGAGCUUGGAGGCAAGUCGCCGUUUGUGGUCUGCCCAGACGCUGACCUGGACGCCGCUGUGGAGUGCGCACACCAGGCGCUCUUCUUCAACAUGGGCCAGUGCUGCACAGCGGGAUCGCGAACUUUUGUGCACGAGAGUAUCUACGACGAGUUUGUCAAGCGGGCAGUGAAGCGCGCAGCAGAGAAGGCCGUGGGUGACCCCUUCGAUGAGAGCACCGAGCAGGGGCCUCAGGUGUCCAAGGAGCAGUUUGAGAAGAUCUUGAGCUACAUUGACAAGGGCCAGCAGGAGGGCGCCAAGCUUGAGUAUGGCGGCAAGCGCAUCGGGGACAAGGGUUACUAUGUGGAGCCGACAGUUUUCAGCAAUGUGACGGAUGAAAUGAGCAUUGCAAAAGACGAGAUCUUCGGCCCCGUCCAGUCUAUCCUCAAGUGGUCGACUAUCGGGGAGGUGUUGGAGCGGGCGAAUGCCACAGAGUAUGGCCUGGCAGCAGGAGUGUUCACACAGAACCUGAACUGGGCCACAACGCUGUCCCGAGGACUCAAGGCAGGCACGAUCUGGGUGAACACAUGGAACACAUUUGACGCAGGAGUCCCCUUUGGGGGCUACAAGCUGAGCGGCAUCGGACGCGAGCACGGCGAGGCUGCGCUUAGUCACUACACCCAGACCAAGUCAGUGUACCAGCCACUUGAAGAGCCGCUCAACUGGAACAUGUGAGCUGGAACAUCAAGAGAUCUUCCUGGCCAUAAUUAAUAAGGAUUUGUCAGCAAUAAGCUGCCACAGCAGCGCCAGCAUAUUUCAAUUGAGCCAUCUAUUCUCUGACCAUCUGGAGGUGCAUGCAAGGGUGUAGCACUGUGCGAAGAUUGAGGUCAGUUAGGGUACCGUAUUGUUGGCAUCCACGGUCCCAAAGUGCAGAACCUGCAUGGGCAGAUGAUCAUUAGUCCAUUGGCUCUGACAGUGCAACAUGGUGACACAUUUCUGUGAGGUAUAUUGUGUGAUGAACAUGAUACUGUAAUUGUUGCUAUCCCUGGAGAGCGCAGAAAUAAUAUGCGUCGCUGAAUAUUCCGCGGGAUUCAUCCGUUAUGACAAUGUGCCAAAACACAGCAAUGUGGUAGAACAAGAAAAAAUGGGGUUGCGGUGCAUUCUCUUAGAAGUAUGAUUUUUUUGAGCAACUACAACUUGCAGUGGGCAGCUCAACAGCAGCUACCUAUCAGACCCUGUAUUCAUGUGCUUUUUAACUCUAAGAUUUUUGCCACUCUGUGGAGGUCAAGACUAUCGGUGAAAGGUAUCUGCACAUCAAGAUAAUCCAGAAGGCUAUCUACAGAUACUUUUCCAUUGUUCGUCUCAUCAUGAAAAGUGCACACUGCCGUGUUGCAGAGGGAACUUUUUUCAGUGUACUUCACUACUUGAACACCUUUCUACUACCUGGACACCUGUGAUUAUACAUAUAGCUGAGCUACAAGAGAUAACUUUAUGUUCUUUUUCCAACUUCUGAUGCUUAUAUCAACACCCUCAAGGAAUCAUGCCUUGAACAAGGGGACCCUGGGGCACUUUAAAAAUCACCGCUGCUGGCAAUAGCUCAAAAUAUUCCAUGAUGGCGCCCCGAGAGAAGUUGUGGCCAAUAUGAAACUGCUGUUAAGGGGAUGCGCACGGAGAGCUGGUAGAAGAAUAUAUAUUGAUCAGGGGAUUGAUAAUCAAUAAAUCAGGGGCGGUGGAGGUUAUUGGCUGCCGCGCAGCUUCUUCCUGAUCUCCUUGACAUAGUCCUUGACCCCGCCCUCCAGCAAGCGCAGAGAAGACUUCUCCACUAGAAACACCUGGGAGGCAACGCUGGCGACAAAGUGUUGGUCAUGGGAGACGAGGACGAGCGCGCCAGAGUAGGCUUGCAGGCAGGCCAUAAGGCUGCCUAUCGACUGCAUGUCCAAGUGUGCAGUCGGCUCAUCCAGCACGAGAAGCUGCGGCGAAGCGAAGGCCACAGCCGCCAGUCCCACGCGCACGGCCUGGCCCCCAGACAGACUGCGCAUCGGCUGAGUCGCUAGGGCUCCUUUGAUGCCG